AUGGCCGACGAGCUGCAGUUCCUGGUGCACUUCAACCGCACGCUGUGCGUGUCGCUGGCCGCGGGGGCUGCGACCGUGGCGCGCCUGGCCGGCCUCGUGGAGGCGCGCGAGGGCGUGCCGUCGGCGCUGCUGGAUCUGUACGUGGACGGCCGCAAGCUCUCGGAGUCGAGUCAUGUGCCGAGCUUCCCGGCCAUCAUCCGCGCGCGGCUGCGCGGCGGUCUGCGCGGCGGCAAGGGCGGCUUCGGCGCCAUGCUGCGCAGCAUGGGCAAGGCGUCGGGCGCCAAGGCCACCACGGACUUCGGCGCGUGCCGCGACCUGCACGGCCGCCGGCUGCGCCACGUGAACCAGGAGGUGGCCAUGCACAAGUGGCGGCAGGACGCGGACGCGCGCGCGCAGCGCGAGAAGGACGGCGUCUCGGAGCGGGAGGUCCUGGACGAGGACACGCCCAGCGGCAUCCCCGGCUGGUACCUGGCCACGCCCUCGUGGGCGGAAGGAGUCAAGAAGUCCUACAUGAAGAGACGACGCAACACGGUGCUGUGCAAGAGCUGGCAAAAGGCCAGAGAAGGAGGACGCGCGCCCCCGCCCGGCGCGCCGCGGUGGUGGGGCUGUCCGCGUGGCCGUGACUGCGACUUCGCGCACGGAGAGGAGGAGUUGCGCGGAGAGGGACUGACGGAGUUUAAGCGCGCCAAGAAGGAGGAGGCACAGCGAGCCAAGCAGCAGGAGCUGCAGAGCUACGUGGACUACGAGCAGGAAAUGCCGGACGACGUGCUGAACGCUAUCAAGAGCGGCCUGCGACGUCGGAAGACCAAGGCCAAGGCGAAGAUGGGGCUGGAGGAGGAGAACGCGCGCGUGCUGCCGCCCGACGCGACGACGUACAUCAGUGUACGCUCGGCGCAGCACCCGUCGCCGGCUACGGAGAAAUGGCUCAAGUUGGUGGGUGAAGGAAGUGAGGACGAAGGCUCGGCUAGUGUUGGGACUGCGUUCAAGCACGGACUGUGCGAGCUCCGUGGCCGAGGCAACUUCGGCACCGCAGCGGCGCGACACUGCUGCGCGGUCAUGAAGGGCAAAUGGUACUACGAAGUGCGGCUCAUCACGGCUGGCGUGGUGCAGAUUGGCUGGGCGGACUCGACAUUUGAGGCGAACUCGGAGACUGGAGACGGUGUCGGCGACCACGAGCGGUCGUGGGCGUACGAUGGUGCCCGGCAAGUGAAGUGGAACGGCGGGAAGGACGAGGAGUAUGCUGCAGACGACUCCUGGAGCAAGAACGACGUCAUCGGCUGCAUGUUGGAUCUCGAUGAAGGCACGGUCGCGUUUACCCGGAAUGGAGUUGAUCUCGGUGUGGCAUUCCGCAAUGUCAAGCACACGUCGAGCGACCAGGGCUUCUUCCCGGCCAUCAGCGUCGAGCAGACGGAGAUCCUGCUCGUGAACGUCGGCUCCCAGCCAUUCCUGUACGAGGCUCCUGGAUUUGAUCCUGUUAUCGAUGCUAUCGAGGCCGAGAAUUCGGGCGCGUCGGCCGCAAGUGAGGCUGUCAACGAAGCCAGCGUAUCCGUCAGUAGCAACGACACCUCCGUCUCCUCAGCCCCAGAUGAUGCCGAGAAGCAGAGCAACGCGCGUACAUCAGAGACCAACACGCCAAAGAUUGCGAAGGAACCGGAGAAGAAGUCGAUUCCGAGUGAACCUGCUAUCGACCUGAUGAAAUUUGAGACUGUCGAGUCACUCGAGGCGCUGGGAUUAGAACGGUUGAAGGAGGAGUUGGCUCGCCGUGACCUGAAGUGCGGGUACGUUGUUGCAGGCGAUGAUAGUAUGAGUUGUGGAUUUUUCAAAGACUAA